CUUGUCACACUCUAUCUCUCUCUUACCCUCACUCCCUAUAAGAGUGGCUGUAUGACUCAUUGGGAAAUGAUAGCGAUAAAGGAAACCAUAGAAACUUAGAAACACCCUUUCAGCAAUCCUAGCUCUCUUCUCCUUUCUUCUCCUAAUACUAGUACCAACCACUUCUACGACUGAAACUACUACUCAAAGACACACACACACUAGCUUAUAUAGCAAAGACAAUGAGUUGUACUACUGAAACCCAGUUGGGUUCGGAAACUGAUAGCAGCUCAACUUCCUCAUCACCACCGUCUUCCCCUGCAAGUUCCAGACCCUUGAACCCCGAUAACAAGCCGGAGUCACUAGAAUUGCAACCCAAAAACAACAACGACAAGAAGAGCAAACGAGCCAGAGUCGACUCCAGCAAGCACCCGGUUUACCGCGGCGUCCGGAUGCGCAACUGGGGCAAAUGGGUCUCGGAAAUCCGCGAGCCACGCAAGAAGUCACGCAUUUGGCUCGGGACCUUCCCCACCCCUGAAAUGGCCGCCAGAGCUCAUGACGUGGCCGCGUUGAGCAUCAAAGGCAAUUCAGCAAUUCUCAACUUCCCUGAACUCAUUGACUCGCUGCCGCGGCCGGCCUCCCUCGCUCCCCGAGACGUCCAGGCCGCGGCGUCCAAGGCUGCCCAAAUGCACCAGUUCGACUCGACCAACCCUUCAUUGUCCAGCACGUCAUCGUCGUCCUCGUUGAGUUCUCUGGUCUCGGCUAUAGACAACCUCUCGACCGAGUCGGAGGAGCUGAGCGAGAUAGUUGAGCUGCCGAGUCUGGGGACGAGUUACGAGUCGUACGAGUUGAGAAGUGAGUUUGUGUUCGUGGACUCGGCCGAUGACGAGUGGGUGUACCCGCCGCCGUGGCUACAGCAAAUGGGGGACUGCGGCGUCUACGUGUGCGGUGGGCUAGGAAGUUCUGCUAACUCGACUGGCUUUGAGGGUUUGUUAUGGGAUUAUUAAUUAGUAAGUGCCUAAGUGGUUUGGUUCAAAGUGUUUAAUUGUAAAUUAUGUAAGUGUGUGUUCUUUUUUGGGGUUUUUGACGUUUUUAGCCCUUUUGGUUUUUCAUUUAAGGGCUUAAACUCCGAUCUAUUAAUCUCAUCUCCCCUUUGGUUUGUGUAAGUACUGCUGUUAGGAUCAGGUUUGUUGGUAACUUUGUGCACAUACAAUAAACCCUUUUGUUUUGCAACUGUUCCUUUUUACCUUUUCUAUUUAGUACCAUUUUUGAGGCGGCUAUAUAUAAUGUUAGGUAAUUAAGUGGUAAAAGAGUGUGAGAGAGUUGAAGCAUAAUUCCAUUUUAUGGAUAACUCUUAUAUGAAGCACUACAGUCUUGAGGAAGCGCUACAUUCAAUAUAUGCUGGUUGUAAAAAAAUAACAAAGGCAGUACUGCAAAACAGACCCUA